AUGUGCAAAAAGGUGUUCAUAUUUGCCAAAGUUUUGGUACUGACGGGUGUUGUUACUUGUGUAGAGGAUACUGAACUGUCGACUCUGAUCACAUCACUAUGGAACUCCGAUUCUAACGCUGCAACAUCACGCGACCUUCAUUACUCCUAUCAGCAGCACACCGAUACCAGUAGCUCAACCGAUAAUGCUCCAAAGAGGUUAUUUUCAUAUGUAAACGAAAACUACCUUUUCCAUAAACCAACAUAUCGAACGUUUCUCGAUCUACUGGAUAAUUACAAGAAUUCGGUUGGAACAGCUGAACACGUGACCAACACAGAAGUAGCAGAAGAACUGAGAUUUGUAAACGAAAUUUGUAAAACAUCAAUAAUGCAGAAAACACAACAGUUUUUACACAAAAAAGGGUAUGUUAGUUCAUCAAUGUCAGAUUUUGAGCAUAUACUCAAAUCUGUAUGGUUUACAACUUAUCCAAGGAGCGGGUCAUCCAGGACUCUGGACAGCAGUGGAUUUGAACAUAUCUUUGUAGGAGAGGUGAAAGGAUCCAGCGUGGAUGGUUUUCACAACUGGAUUCAGUUUUAUUUAGAAGAGAAAAAGGGCCAUGCCAAUUAUUUAGGAUAUGUCUUCAGACACCAGCCUGGAAUACUCGGAGUCCAUUUUAAAUGGUACAACAGUUAUAAAAAGUUAAGUUCCUUAAUACUUGGGUCCAGUCCAGAGUUUGAAAUGGCGUGCUAUACACUAUGCUACUACUUACAUAGGAACAGGGACUGUCAAUUCAAUAUAAAUGGCCAUACCAUUCGUGUGAAGACCUACGAAGUCGACAACAUGCCAGGGGACCAAAUCGCAACAGCCUAUCUUUAA